UCGAUCAGAGAGCGGAAGAUGGCGGUGGAUCUAGUCUGAGGGGAGAGAUCGAUCACCGAAUCACUCGAUUGGACGGGAUCAACGAAGUGUGGAAAAAAUCGCCAAAAACAACACCAUAGAUGGUAUUUGAAAGGGGAUACACGGCGACGCGGCUAUAAAGAGAGGCCAACUGAGAGAGCUAGAACCCUGCCAGCCAUCUGGUCACCCUUUGUCCGUGAUGGACUUUCCCUGGCACAGUGGCAAGGUUCUGGAACAGCUGAACCACCAGCGUCAGUUGGGCCUGCUGUGUGACUGCACCUUCGUGGUGGACGGUGUCGACUUCAAGGCCCAUAAGGCCGUGCUGGCCGCCUGCAGUGCCUACUUCCGCACCCUCUUCCUAGACCAGAAAGAUGUGGUGCACUUGGACAUCAGCAACGCAGCAGGUUUGGGACAGGUUUUGGAGUUCAUGUACACGGCCAAGCUGUCCCUCAGCCCCCAGAAUGUGGAGGAUGUCCUGGCAGUGGCCACGUUCCUCCAGAUGCAGGAGAUUGUCAACGCCUGCUCUGCCUACCGGUCCCUCACUUCCCCUGGCAGCACCGCAUCUGGCGUCACCACCCAUCCUGAGCAGAGUGUGGAGAGGGAGCUGAAAAUGGAGAAGGGGUUGUCAGAGGCGGGGGUGCAGGCGGAGCAGAUCCACACUGCCCAGGUGCUAAGCAGGAGCUCCGGGCAGCAGGAACCACAGGGCAACCAGGAGGACCCCCAGGCCUCAGGAGAUGAACCUGUGGCUACAGCAGGGGAGCCCUCUACCACAGAGGCCACAGAGCCACCAAAGACGGCGGGGAGUGCCACUGACAAGCAGGACAGUGCACCAGAGGCAGUGCAACCCAAACCAGCACCCCCUGCCCAUCAAAGGAAGGAGGGCGUGUCCACUCAGGAGCAGGAGGAGAUGGAGGAGGAGCAGUCGGCGGCAAAAGAAGUUCCAGAGUUUCAGGACGACCCCUCUGACGUGGACUACACACCCAAAGUCCCGUUCAGAUCUGCGGGAGGCAGGUCUUACAUUAGCACACGCAGGAGCAAGGCCAAGACCACAGUUCAGCACGCUGCCUCACAAGACAGUGACUUAGGCGAGGGUAGCGCGCAGAAGAGUGACAGUGAGGAGGACAAAGUGGAGGAGCCAGAAGGAGAGGGAGAUGAAGGGGAGGAUGACGGGUAUGAGGGGGAGGAGAUGGAGGAGAUGGAUGAUACUGUGGAGGAGGGUGGAGGAGAGGGGAAGCAGCUCCGGUCGGGGACGUUCACUGACCGCAGCGAGUCCCGAUCGUACGGCUCUGUCACUCACAAGUGCGAGGAUUGUGGGAAGAAGUUCACUCACACGGGGAACUUCAAGAGGCACAUCCGUAUCCAUACGGGAGAGAAGCCUUUCAGCUGCCGGGACUGCCAUAAGGCUUUCUCCGACCCGGCCGCUUGCAAGGCCCAUGAGAAGACACACAGCCCAGUGAAGCCGUACAGCUGCUCGGCCUGUGGGAAGAGCUACCGGCAGAUCAGCCUGCUCAAUCUGCACCGCAAGCGGCACACGGGCGAGGCGCGCUAUAGCUGCGAAGACUGCGGCAAGCUCUUCACCACCUCGGGCAACCUGAAGCGCCACCAGCUGGUGCACAGCGGCGAGAAGCCGUACCACUGCGACUACUGCGAGCGCGCCUUCUCCGACCCCACCGCCAAGAUGCGCCACCUGGAGACCCACGACACUGACAAGGGCCACAGGUGCCCGCACUGCGACAAGAGAUUCAACCAGUUGGGGAACCUAAAGGCUCACCUGAAAAUCCACAUCACAGACGGGCCUCUGAAGUGCAAAGAGUGUGGGAAGCAGUUCACCACCUCUGGUAACCUGAAGAGGCACCUCCGCGUGCACAGCGGGGAGAAACCCUACGUCUGCAUGCACUGCCAGAGGGCGUUCGCUGACCCAGGGGCCCUGCAGAGGCACGUCCGCAUUCACACAGGAGAGAAGCCUUGCUUGUGUCUCAUCUGUGGAAAGGGAUUCACCCAGGCCAGCUCCCUCAUUGCGCAUGUCCGACAGCACACUGGAGAGAAGCCCUAUGUCUGCGACCGCUGUGGCAAAAGGUUUGUCCAGUCAAGCCAGCUGGCCAAUCAUAUACGUCACCAUGACAACAUCCGACCGCAUAAGUGUCACGUCUGCAACAAAGCCUUUGUUAACGUUGGGGACCUCUCGAAACAUAUCAUCAUUCACACAGGGGAGAAGCCAUUCCUUUGUGACAAGUGCGGCCGGGGAUUCAACCGCGUUGACAAUCUGCGCUCGCACGUCAAAACCGUUCACCAGGGGAGAGCCGGCAUGAAACGGCUGGUGGUGGCGGGGGGUGACGGCGAUGGGGGCGGCGGGGGAGCGGACAAGCUGCAGCCCGCCUCGACGUCUGCCUCGGAGCUGGACGACAGCGAGGUCAACAUCGUCACGGUUACCACGGAUGACAUUGUCACCCUGGCAACUGAGGCCCUGGCUGCCAGUGCCGUCGCCCAGCUGACAGUGGUACCUGUGGCUGCGUCAGUGUCGGCAGAUGAGACGGAGGCUCUGAAGGCAGAGAUAACGAAAGCGGUGGAGAAGGUGCAGGAGGCAGACCCUAACACCCAGAUCCUGUAUGCGUGUGACUCGUGUGGGGAGAAGUUCCUGGACGCCAGCUCCCUGGCCCAGCACGUGCGCAUUCACACGGCCCAGGCGCUGGUCAUGUUCCAGGCCGACUCUGACUUCUACCAGCAGUACGGCGGCGAAGCCGCCUGGCAGACGACCGAGCAGGUCAUCCAGGGAGGGGAGCUCCUCUUCCGAACGCGGGUGGGAGGGGAGGAGGAAGAAGAAGAGAUGGCCCGGGCCGAACCCCAGGCGGAGGGAGGAGAGGAGGCAGAGGCAGAGACCGUGUCUGAGCCAAUGGAAAUGGAGUGUGGCGCUCAGGCAGAGUGACAAGGGGCGGGGUUAAAAGUGGAAGUUAGAACAGAGUAAAUGACACUGGGAUACUGGGGGCUGAAGGAAAUGUAGAUUGCGGGUUCUCUUUGCAUUGAAGAGGGCGCCAUGCUAAGCAGGGGUAGAUAGUUGCCAAAUGUGGUUGAACUAUAAAACAUUAGAUCAAUACCUCCACUCCCCUGUGAAGACCAUUAUUAACAAAAAAAUUUCCAAACCCAUCUGCCGUCAAAUCAGUGCCCUCUUUCCCAGAAUCCCUGCUUUGUGUAGAACAGCUUUGGACACACACUGUAAAGUUGUGUCAUUCUGUCCACAGAUACAGAAGUGACUCAUUAUCUGUGAUUAUGACUCUCCCGCUUCCUUUCAUUUUUAUGAUCUCUUAUCACUGGUCGUUGGGCCAGCACAGAAAAUGGAUAUAGCACUCAUUAUUCUUCCCAAUAUUUUUAUUUAAGCUGUCUUUUGCAGCCCCUCUGAGGAAGAGUAGAAAAAAACCACAAAGGAAAAAAAAAUAAUAGUGCAUUGUCUCCACUCCUCUAUUUUUUCCAAUGAAAGAAAAAGAGACUUCAAAAAAAUAAUAUUAUGUAUAGAAUGUACAGGAUCUUGGACUGGAUUAGAGCUUGGACUGGAUUAGUGUAGUUGCACACAUUUACAAGGCACUAUUAAUUUUGUGUUUAAAUAAUCAAAAUCAGUUGAUGACUUUGAUAGCUGAAGCAGUAAUUGCUGUCAGGGUCUGGUGUACAGUGGUUACCUCCCCACCUAGUCUUCCUCAUUGUUUUAGUGUGGGCAGAUCAUGGCUAGGGCUGGGUCAACCCCAGCCAUUGAGGGAAGCAGGACAGUGAGAGUCUUUUUAUUUUUGUCUCCUUCAAGUCUUAAUAGCUUUAUUUAAGUCAUUUUGAGUUUAUUUACUGUCGCUUAUUAAGCAGACAUUAUGACAGCUGUGUGAACCAGGCCUGCUGUAGUUAGUGUACAUUUUUUGUGUCAUGGCUUGGCUCAAGAGUAGAUUAAACAGGACAUGCAGAAGAAACUUUAGCUCACAGAUUUUCAAAGGGUGAGAUUAAAUCCACAAUUUAGACCCACCUCCUGGUAAUCUCUGAUACCGUAUUUGCUUGAAUUCAGAUGGAGGAGUUUGAAGUGCAUUUGGGAUUUUUGUUUUUACUAGAGAUUCAUUGUCAUUCAUUCACUUUUUCCCUGUUAUUAUUGUCUUCAAGUGCAUGCCGUUUUGCCACUGUAAAUAGGAAGAUAUUUAGCAGUGCAUCAUAAACAAUUUUGCAUUCCCAGAUCUGUUUGUUACAGUGAUUUUAAUUCAGCAGUUUUAGCAUAAUUAUUCAAAUUUGCUUUGGAACUAGAGCUUGAAUCAAGUAAAUGCGGUAUCUUUCUCAUAUUUUCGUAUUCUGGUUUCAUAAUAUAAGUAAUCAGGUUGUGAUUUAUUCUCUGACGCAGAAGGCAUCCUCCACAGAUAUUAGACUUGUUACAUUUUACGUCUGCCCACUUAUUUCAGUUUGACCCCACAGUUAUUUGUGCACUGCUAAGGCAUUGGCUCCCACGGUAUUGAGUCGUAUUCUCACUUCCGAAGGGAGGUCACGAUCUGCAUUGUAAUUCUUAAUUGGUGUAUUACCGACUUAAGCCAUAUGUGUGAUUUUUUUUUUCAGUAUCUUGUUUCUGCGGGAUUCCAUCUGUUUGAGAUAUAAUGACCGUACAGCUCACUCUGAAAUAAGACAAUUGAGCAUGUGUAAUCAGUGUAAUAUGCACACGAGCUGAAGAAUUCUUCAGGACAGACUCAAGGAGGCACUAUGAAGAAAUGUAUCAUCCACCUGAUAAUAUUUAAAAAUAUACCAGAAAGGUCAUGCGGAAUUUUUCCCCUUUUCUGUUCUCCAUACAAGAUUAUUGUUGAUGUCCUAAAAUACUGCACUAAAAAUUGCCAAUA